AUGUUUGCUAAGCAUAAGGAGAAAGAGCAAUUUCAUGUGAGGCUGCAAAAUGAUGUGGUUGUGCCGGCAGUUGGACCUUCUCGGACAGAUUCAUGUCGUCGUAAUGGCAGCUCUAGCCAGAAUAGUUCAGUUAGGGGAGCUUUAGUUAGUGCACGGCGACGUGGUGGCUCGUCAAACAUGGGCACCGGCAGUAGGGUCCCAAGAGAAGUGGAUCCUGAAUACAUCGAUGAUGAAGAGAGGCUAUAUUCUGAUGUUGUGCAGAAUUUACGGCGGCCAUGUCGGGUUGAAAGCCGAGAUGAGUGUGACAAUGAGGCUUUUGUGAUUGAUGAUGAGGAGGUUGAGGACGAAGACCUUCCAGCUAUUGAAUGGGACCCUGCAAACUCUCAGAUGGAAGAAGAUACCAUCUUUACAUCCAUGAGUGAGUGUAGAAAUGCACUUGUGACAUACUGCAUCAAGGCAGAGCGUACAUUUGAAGUUGACAAGAGCGACAGAGUACGUUACAGAGUGCACUGUCCAACUGAAGAUUGUCCAUGGAGGAUGCACGCGUCUAAAAUGCGAAAUAGCAUGAAUGUUCAAGUCAAAGUGAACCCUUUUAGGCACACAUGCCUGGAAUCAACCCUGAGGAAGGAAACAAUCAGUAGAGCCAAGUCAAGAUGGGUGGCUGAAGAAGCAAAACGGUGGGUGACAGAAGACCAUCAAGUGGGUACAAAGGAGUUGCAGAAGAAGCUCAAAGAAAAGUUCAAGAUAGAGGUACCAUACAUGAGGGUUUUCAAUGGAAAACAACAUGCUAUGGAUUCUAUUUAUGGUAAUUGGCAGGAAAGUUUUAAACUGUUGUAUUCAUUUAAGGGUGAAGUGGAGAAGACCAGCCCAGGUAGUAUUAUAGAUAUUGAUCACCACACCGUGGAGUACACAUUGAGGGGAAUGACAAUGACCAAAGAAUGCUUUAGAAGGGUGUUUGUUUGCUUUGAGGCUUGUCGCCGGGGUUUUUUGGAAGGCUGCAGGCCCUAUUUGGCUAUUGAUGCUACUUUUCUCACGAGGAGGUUUAAAGGACAGUUAAUAGCAGCUUGUGCAGUUGAUGGAUACAAUUUUGUAUUUCCAGUUGCUUAUGGCGUGAUAGAGGCAGAGUCUGAGGAGAGCUGGACUUAG